GUCAGUUACAAAGGGAGCAGCCGCGCAAGCCGCCACACAGCGCCCGCCGAGGCCUCGGCGCCCCUCGCCAUUUUCCAGCCGCCAUCCGACCCGGGCCGCGGCGGCGGGGAGAGGCGGAGCCGCGAGAGCGCGGCCCGGGCCGGCCCCGCGGGGCGGUCGCGGCCGUGACGGCGGCUCCGGGCCUGGCUCCCCUUCCGCACCCCUCCCGCCGGAGAUGAGGGGAAGAUGUCCGUGUCAGGGCUCAAGGCCGAGCUGAAGUUUCUGGCGUCCAUCUUCGACAAGAACCACGAGCGAUUCCGCAUCGUCAGCUGGAAGCUGGACGAGCUGCACUGCCAGUUCCUGGCGCCGCCGCCGGCGCCGCCGGGCAGCCCGCACUCGCUGCCGCCGCCGCUCACACUACACUGCAACAUCACGGAAUCUUAUCCAUCUUCUUCACCAAUAUGGUUUGUGGACUCUGAUGACCCAAAUCUGACGUCAGUUCUGGAACGUCUAGAAGAUACUAAGAACAACAAUUCGCUUCGUCAGCAAUUGAAGUGGUUGAUAUGUGAACUCUGCAGAUUAUAUAACCUACCUAAGCACCUGGAUGUUGAGAUGCUAGAUCAACCACUACCCACGGGUCAGAAUGGGACAACAGAAGAAGUGACUUCAGAAGAGGAGGAAGAGGAAGAGAUGGCUGAAGAUAUAGAAGACUUGGAUCACUAUGAGAUGAAGGAAGAAGAGCCUAUUAGUGGAAAAAAGUCAGAGGAUGAAGGAAUUGAAAAAGAAAACUUGGCAAUAUUAGAGAAAAUUAGGAAGACUCAGAGGCAAGACCAUCUAAAUGGUGCAGUGUCUGGGUCUGUGCAAGCUUCCGAUAGACUUAUGAAAGAGCUCAGGGACAUAUACAGAUCACAGAGUUAUAAAACAGGGAUUUAUUCAGUGGAACUCAUAAAUGACAGUUUAUAUGACUGGCAUGUUAAAUUGCAGAAGGUCGAUCCUGAUAGUCCUUUGCACAGUGAUCUUCAGAUCUUAAAAGAAAAAGAAGGCAUAGAAUAUAUUUUGCUUAACUUCUCUUUUAAGGAUAACUUUCCAUUUGAUCCUCCAUUUGUUCGAGUGGUGUUACCUGUUCUCUCAGGAGGGUACGUGUUGGGUGGUGGAGCAUUAUGUAUGGAACUUCUCACAAAACAGGGCUGGAGCAGUGCCUACUCAAUAGAAUCGGUCAUCAUGCAAAUCAACGCCACCUUAGUCAAAGGAAAAGCCAGAGUUCAGUUUGGAGCAAAUAAGAAUCAAUAUAAUCUAGCAAGAGCCCAACAAUCCUAUAAUUCCAUUGUACAGAUACAUGAGAAAAAUGGCUGGUACACCCCUCCAAAGGAAGACGGCUAAAUGUGUUGACUGUGUAUGUUUGGACCAAUGUUGCUUUGAAGAAAAUCUUUCCAACAUGCAGACACAAGCUUUGAGUGCCCCUAUAACAGCAGUACUGAAGACGUUAACUAAUAGUUAUUUUAGUGGAUAAUCUGUCAGCUGACAUCCAAUAUAAGUUACAGCCUUUUCAAUUUGCUCAUUUUAGGUAUUUUGGACUGAGCAGUGGGGCCCUGAUUGUAUUCUUCCUGAUAAAUACACAUACUGGCCACUUCUUAUCUCUUUUUCUUGAAAAGUGAAAUCUAUUAAGCAGGCAAGUCAGCAUCGGUUUACUGAAGUUGCACCUGUAGGGUAACUUUCCCAUAUUGAGCUCGUGUGUCACGAGGAUUUGCAAUAUAUUGUUCCAUUUAGAGCCAAUAAAAGUUUAAUUCAUGUUUAAUAUUGGUUUAAAAAUUUAAGAUCUUAUAAAUCACAGUAGCUUUUUCAGGUUAAAACCAUUUUAUGAUAUUGCCAAAAUAAUGACAGGAAACCUACUCAUUAAGUUGUUAAACAUUUUUAUGGCUAUGUGAAGAUAUGAACUGUUUCCGGAGGAUAUGCUCUUAACUGAGUUGUAUUGUACUUUUUAGGCAAAGCGAAGCAAGGCUAUGCCAAUUAAGGCUUGUAAGUAGUAAUUUCCACUGGGGCAUCAGAGUCUUGCUGCGCUGAAUCUGCUUCUUGUUGGUUCAGUAUUUCGUAUGAAGAAGAGCUGCAGUAUAGAGCUUGAAGUUAUUUAAAAUACUAAGUCAUUUUACGUUCCCAUUUUAUUAACGGGAUGUUGCAAUCAUUUGUAAACUAAUAAACUUAUAAAGUGAUUGGCACGAAGACUCCUUGAGCAAAAGCUGCACAGUUAAGUACAAAAAGAUAUCUAAUUUUGAGACUUUAAAUUUUUGCUAUAGUCAUAACAAUGGCUUUUACAUUGAAAGACUAAUAGGAACUCUUCAUAUGUUAAUUCUUUUAUAAAACCUGACUCAAAUCAGUGUACUCUCCAUUUUAUUGCCUUACCUGAAUCAGUCCUGUUUGGUUGGUAAUAGAUUUUUUUAUAUACCCAAAUUUGAUUUAAAAGUAAAUUCUAGUUAUUAAGCACUUUUAAAAAGAAAUCCAGAAGCACAUUUUUCUGCACAAACUAGUUACAAAGUUCAAAAGUGUUUCUUAUGCAUUUGCUUUAAGAUUCAGUUUUUAACUUUGUAAACCACAUCCGAGAGACAUGGCACUUCUUCGUUAUUGUGUGUGUUUAAUUUCUUUUUAUUCUAUUUUGGUUAAAAGGACAGUAGAAAAAGAUUUUCUGGCAUUCUUGUUCACUUGGUUACAUUUGUAUAAAGUUCUGAUUGCCAGUUGCUCAGAUAACAAGUGACAAGGCAGAAUUCUUUAAAGCAUUAAAGUUCCUUAAACCUAAGGCUAAAUCUUGAAUACAUUAUUGAAUUCUUUAAUAUCCUGAUGGCUAGCAGAUUGACAGCUGCACAUUUGGCAUGCUUUGUUUUUUUGGAUUUUAUUUUUCAUUGCAGAUUUAUUUGGCAAUGUACAAUAAAUUUUGUAAACUUGCAUCAAGUUUAUGAAUAAAGAACCAUUUAAAAAAUAA